AUGGGGGACAACGAAAACGGUUCUUUGCAAACUUUUCUCAUUUCGGCACCUGCGCCAUUUAUGCCUGUUCCGGGGAAACAAGUAAUUCCGUGGACUCAGUGGAAACGUAUGUUUCUGAAUUACCUACUCGCUUCAGAUGCAGAAUCGGCUACACCAGAACGAAAAAAAGCCAUAUUGUUACAUUCGCUCGGAGUUGAAGGCCAGCGUAUUUUCUAUUCAUUACCGGUAACGGCCGAAGACGCCGAUAACCCGUACAUUCAGGCUAUGAAAACAUUGGAUAAACAUUUUUGUCCGAAGGUAAAUGUGGUUCCUGAACGAUACCGCUUUAGACAACGAGCACAGUUACCCGGUGAAUCGGUUGAUUCCUACAUUUCAGCGCUACGAGAGUUAGCUACGACUUGUGCUUUCCGAGAUUUUGAGAAUGAAAUGUACCGUGACCAGUUGGUUGAAAAACCCAAUUCAACGCGAAUUCGAGAGCGAUUAUUGUUGGAGUCUAACUUGGAUAUUGAUAAAGCAAUGGAAAUCGCAAGACAUAUCGAGAAUGCAGUUAAAGAUGCAAAGUCUAUGUCUGCACCGACGGGAAAUGACAGUUACACAUUUAAAGGUGCAUGUUCCAAAAUUAACACACAGAAGAGACAAUACAGUAAACCAAAAACUCGGAACAUUCAGUGUUUCAGAUGCGGAUCCAAUCAACAUUUGGCGAACAACCCAACAUGCAAAGCCAAGAAUAUGAGAUGUUCAUCCUGCAAGAAAAUGGGACAUUUGCAAGUUGUUUGUAAAAGCAAAAGUGCAGUUCGACAGCUUGAGUGUGAACAACCAAGUGAUACGAGUUCCGAGGGACCCAGCUUCGAAGUGUUGGCAACUGACAAAGCAAGUGCAAACAAGAAAGUAGUUCAGUGUGACAUUUCGGUUAAUUCUGUGAACUUAAAACUUGUUGUUGAUACAGCGUCUGAUGUGUCUCUUAUGUCACUGAAACUUUUUAAGAAACAUUUUGACACAAAUGCAAUAGAACAGUGUAAGGCUAGCAUUACUAGUUAUUCCAACCACAAGGUAGGAGUAAUAGGUAGCUUUCAUGCAAUGGUUUGCUUCAAGGGUCAGGUUUCACAAGGCACAUUUUACAUUGUACAGUCAGGUACCAGUCUACUGGGUAAGGAUAUUAUUCAGACACUAGACAUAGGUAUUCAUGGGGGGUCUUUGACCUGCUUUGCGACCCGAGGCAAUGCAAGCUCUGAUGAACCUAAAUCAGAUUCGGUGAGUAUCCCUGACAGAUUCCCACAGCUGUUUAGUGAUAAGAUUGGAAAGGUUAAGGGCUUUAAACACAAAAUCAAAGUGCGUUCAGAUGUUAAGCCUGUGCAACAAAAAUUGCGCCGAUUGCCAUUUGCAGUGCGUAAUGCUGUUUCUGCCGAGCUGAAGAAAUUGGAAAAUUCUGAUAUCAUAGAACGUAUUGAUGCAAGUGAAUGGAUUUCUCCUAUCGUGGUAGCAUGGAAAAAAGAUGGCUCAGUCCGUGUAUGCGUAGAUUUGAGAAAACCUAAUGAAGCCAUUAUAGAGGAUAGGUAUCCACUUCCUAAUAUUGACGAAAUGAUAAGUGAAAUGCAUGGUGCAACCCAUUUUUCAAAGCUUGAUUUGAAAUCCGCCUACCAUCAACUUGAAUUGGUGGAAAGCAGCCGAGAUCUGACGGCAUUCAUUACACAUGAAGGUCUGUUCCGUUUUAAGCGUGUUUGCUUCGGUCUUUCUUCUGCACCAUCAUGUUUUCAAAAAAUGAUGUCUACAAUUUUGUGCAAUGUUCCAGGUGUUCAGUGUUUCAUUGACGACGUGAUUGUUUACGGCCGAACUAAAGCUGAACAUGAUCGCAACUUGAACUUGGUACUCCAGCGGUUGACUGAUGCUGGUUUGACGUUGAAUGACAAAUGUGAGUUCAAUGUUCCAUCCCUUACAGUUUUGGGUCAUGUGAUCUCGAAGGACGGUGUGCGUCCAAACCCUGAUUUAGUCAAAGCCAUUUCUGAUGCACCUGUACCGACUAAUAAGGAUCAGUUGAGGUCUGUUUUAGGGCUCUGCGGUUACUAUUCCAAAUUUGUGCCAAACUUUGCAGCGCGUAUACAACCGAUGCGAUGUAUUCAAACUGCUGAGAAAUUCAAAUGGACUGAAGAAGCUAACAAAGCUUUCAAGGACAUUAAGUCUGCUAUAGUUAACAGCCCUGCUCUUGCUCUAUUCGAUCCAUACCUUGAUAUCAUUGUAACUACAGAUGCUAGUGGAUAUGGUUUAGGUGCAACACUCACACAGGUGAAAAAUGGUUCAGAAGUUAUAGUUGCAUGCGCAUCUCGCAGUCUAACUGCAUUAGAAUUGAAAUAUUCUGUGGGAGAGCGUGAAGCUUUAGCAUGCGUGAAAGAUGAGUUGUCUGUACAUGACGGCAUUAUUUUCCGUGGGGAACGGGUGAUAGUGCCAGAUGAACUUUGUGCACAUGUGGUGAACUUGGCACAUGAAAGUCAUCAAGGUAUAGUGCGUACAAAACAGAGGCUGAGAGAUUUGUAUUGGUGGCCAAAGAUGGAUAUUCAGGUUACUGAGCUGGUAAAGUCGUGCAUUACUUGUCAGUUGAAUGACAAAUCUGCUGUUACGCGGACAGCACCUACGCAGCCAGUACCACUUCCGAAUGCUGCAUGGAGAAAACUUGGUCUCGAUUUUGUCGGGCCAGACUAUUCUGCACCGCCUGAACGGCGAUAUAUUAUUUCCAUGAUUGAUUACAGGAGCAAAUGGCCAGAGGUAGCAUUCGCUUCGGAUAUAAGUACCAAACAGUGCUGA